ACCCCACCCCCCAACAGCGUAAUGCGUUAGCAAGGAGCAGAAUGCCGCGUCUGUUUGUAGGAGGGCUGGAAAUGGAUGAAGUUCACCGACCUUGUCAGAGCGGACUGGCGGAAGAGAGAAUGAGCAGAUAUGAUAGGUUUGAUGACGAGCUCUCCUCUCCUUCCACCACCGAUGACUCAGUGGACGAAAGGUUCAGCGUUUUUCUAGAAAUUCAUUUCCUAAUUUCACUCCAAGCAAUGUGCAAAAUAUCGGCCAAGACUCGUCUUCAGCGCUUCAUACGAUUUUACCUCUGAUAUCAAAGCUAAAUCUCAAUCUAAAAUCUCCUUUUGAACCUAAAACCAUCCAGACGGUUUGUGAAAAUUUCCUGCCUUCUCCAACAAGUCGAGGUUGUAAAGCUUGAGUGGCAGGAAAGACGAUACAAGGAGCAUGCAUCAAACAUGGGGACACAAAGUGCGUUGAGAGCGAAUACACACCGAUCGACAAUGGAGACUAUGCCAUCACAUUUAUACCAUCCCAAACGGCCUGCCAAAGUCUUGUAUUUUCAUAAAAAUAUGAGAUCUGUAGAUAGAGCAAACCGUGUUGCUCCAGUGGCUCGCAUACAGGCGACAGUAUUCGAACCACCAGCAUAUCAAUCAUUUUUACUUUCACAGUCUACGUUGUCUAAGUUAGGCGGUUACAAUGCGCUGACUGUGCACUUUUGCCACAGAGCAUGUAUUUCCACAGCUCGUUGUAAAGCGACGCAACCUCUACAUUACAUGGAUAUGGCAUGCAUACGACAACGAGCACAG